AUGUCGACGCCCGUGGAUCUGGACGCGCUGCGAGCGUCAGUCGCGCGUCAAGGAGCUCAAGUGCGGGAGCUCAAGCAGAAAGGCGCAGCUACUGAUUGCGUGAAGGCAGCAGUCGAGGAGCUCAAGAAGCUCAAGCUCGAGCUCGAGACGCAGACGACGCUGCGAGGCCCAGCGAACGACGGGCUGAGCCACUCGGACAAAAAGGCCAUGGACGACAUGCUGCUGCGCAAGAUGUUUAUCGUGCCGAGCUUUGAGAUCUACGGCGGCGUCGGUGGCUUUUACGACUUUGGGCCGCCGGCCUGUGCGCUCAAGAGCAACCUCCUGCAGUUCUGGCGCCGCCACUUUGUCUUUGCAGACAAGUUGCUGGAGGUUGAGUGCACGAACCUCAUGCCGGAGGUCGUACUUAAGACGUCGGGUCACGUCGACCGGUUUACGGACCUGAUGGUGAAGUGCACCAAGUCGGGCGAGUGCUAUCGGGCUGACAAGUUGCUUGAAGAUCAUGUGGAGAACUUGUUGGGAAAACAAUCGGACCUGAGUCCGGAAGAGAGGGACAAGCACGAAAUGCGGGCAACUAUGGCCGAGUCGUAUUCGCCCGAAGAGAUCCAUACUGUGUUCCAGGAGUACGGUAUCAAAGCUCCUGGCACUGGCGCCGAGCUGAGCUUCCCCAUCCCGUUCAAUCUCAUGUUCCAGUGUGCUAUCGGUCCAGAGGGCGGCAUGGUGGGCUACUUGCGUCCGGAGACGGCACAAGGCAUUUUCCUAAACUUUCGUCGUCUGUUAGAGUACAAUGCAGGCAAAGUGCCUUUCGGCUGCGCGCAGAUUGGUAGUGCGUUCCGUAAUGAGAUCUCGCCUCGUGCUGGACUCCUGCGCGUGCGUGAGUUCCAGCAGGCGGAGAUUGAGUUUUUUGUCAACCCGAAAGAUAAGAGUCACGCCAAGUUUGCGACCGUCAAGGAUUUGGAGCUGCCUCUGCUGACCAAGACGAACCAGAUUACUCACGGCAAGGCUGUUCAGAUGACGUGCGGUGAUGCGGUCAAAGCGGGUACCAUCGCUAAUGAAAGCCUGGCGUACUACCUCGCGCGCACAUACCUGUUCUGUGAAGCCAUUGGCAUCGACAUGAAGCGUCUGCGUUUCCGUCAGCACUUGAACACCGAGAUGGCUCAUUAUGCUGCGGACUGCUGGGACCUGGAGAUCAAGCUCAGCUCCGGCUGGGUGGAGUGCGCUGGCCAUGCGGACCGCUCAUGCUAUGACCUGUCGGUGCACGCGAAGAAGAGUAAAGUCGAAAUGGUUGGCACGCACAAGUUUGACAAGCCUGAGAAGCGCCAGAUUGUCGAGAUCAAGUCGAACAAGGGCAAGAUGGGGCGCACGUUCAAGUCGGACGUGGCUACGAUUUUGGAAGCGCUCGAGGCGCUGAAAGAUGAUGUGGCGCGCGCACAGGCGUUUGAAGAGGAGCUGGUUUCGAAAGGCGAGGCGAUGCUCGGCCCGCUGUGCGAUGGCAAGGAGUUUCUACUACAGCGUGACAUGGUGGCUAUCAAGGUUGUGGAGAAGAUGGUGAGCGAGGAGAAGUUUGUUCCAUCAGUGAUCGAGCCCUCGUUCGGCAUUGGCCGCCUGCUCACUGCUGUCUUCGAGCACAACUUUUCGACUCGCGAGGGGGACGAGAAGCGUGGCGUCAUGUCGUUCUCUCCUCUAAUUGCACCGAUCAAGGUGGCGGUGCUGCCGCUGAGCAACAAUGCAGCGUUCGACCCGUUUGUUGCAGAACUAGAGCAGACGUUUAUCAGCAAGGGUCUGGACUGCAAAGUGGACACGUCGAGCGUGGCAAUUGGGCGCAAAUACGCCCGUGCAGACGAGCUUGGCAUCCCCUUCGACGUCACGAUCGACUUUGAGACGGUCACGGACCGUGCUGUGACGUUACGCGAGCGCGACUCGACGGCCCAGGUGCGGAUCCCAAUCGAUGCUAUUGGCUUCGAGGUGGGUGAGCUAGUGAAUGGCUCGACAUCGUGGGAGCUCAUGCUCGAACGCUAUCCAAAGGUCACGACUGCUGGUGAGUAG